AUUCGUCUGUUUAGCUUCGUAAGAAACGAACGAACAGUUCUCUCACUCACACUAGCAACAAGUGUCAACUUGUCGAGUCGUAACUUCGAUUUAAUUCCUAAAGAAAACUACUAAUAAGAAAAUGGCCAGCAAAUGCCGUCAAAACUACCAUGAGGAAUCUGAAGCCUCCAUCAACAAGCAGAUCAAUAUUGAACUGAAUGCUCAUUAUCAGUACCUGGCUCUGAGUUCUUACUACGAUCGGGAUGACGUAGCCCUCAAAGGCUUUUCCAAGUUCUUCAAGGACUCUGCUGAGGAGGAACAUGAGCAUGCCGAGAAACUCAUGAAAUAUCAGAAUCUUCGUGGAGGAAGAGUUGUGUUGACUGCCAUCAACCGUCCAGCUCAUCAAGAAUGGGCCACUCCAUUGGCCGCAAUUGAAUUUGCUCUCAAUCUGGAAAAACAAGUCAAUCAGUCGCUGCUAGAUUUGCACAAGGUGGCUAGUGGUCACAACGAUGCACACCUUUCAGAUCACUUGGAGGAGCAUUUCUUGGAAGAACAAGUGGAGUCCAUCAACAAGUUGGCCAAAAUGCACACCAACUUGGUUCGUGUUGGUGACGGUCUAGGUGUCUUUUUGUAUGACAAGGAACUGCAGUCCUAAAUGUCCCAUUUAACAUCAUCCACUGGGACCAAGAUAUUGAAAGCCCUAGUAACUGUCAACACUUCACAUGUGUAUCCAAAAUAGCAGAAGUCUGUUGAUCUUGUAGUUUUCAGAUACUCAUUUUGUACAAUGAAGCAUUUGAAUAAAUAUAAUUUCAUCAACCAG